AAGGGGCGGGAAUGGUUACAAAACGGAACAAACGCGGGAGUUUUCAUAACACUUCUAAAUGUACCUGCUUACGUUGACAUGGAUGCAGAAAUUAGUGCUAAAAGUUUAAAGACGGUGCUUAUUUCACUGGAGAGGACACCACCUCAGGUUCCUAGGAUGGAUGGAGCGAUGCGUCGAUCGUCCCGAAUCAAAGAAAAGCAAAAACAAGAGAAGAAAAAUAUUUUAUCCCCUAAAUGUCUGACAUUUUGCAGUGAGGUGAAAAACACCAGAAGAGCAGUCAAAAGACGGAGAAGUGACCCUGAGGAAAAAUUGAAAAAGGCAAAAGCAAACUCAAAAAAUGUUUGUUUUGAUGGCCAGAAUAAAAAAUCCCUUCCAGGUUAUCGGGAUGGUUUGUCUGAGUAUGAGCUGGAGCGACUGGAGAAUAUCAGACAGAAUAAGGUCUUCCUCAGUUCCCUUAACCUGCCUCAGAUCUCCAAUGCUCUGAGACCAAAGCCAAAACCUUACCAGAAAGGCCUGAAAAAGGAAAAAACAGGAACAGAGAUGCUUCCAGUUCGCAAGUCAGUGCGGUUACAGAAUAAGGAUGCGGAGAUACCUCUUGCUGUAACCAUCACUGAAAAGCCUGCUGCUGAAAAAUGGGUUGCCAAACCCCCAGGACCAAUACCAAUGGAUCCAGUCAACUUGGAUGAACAUGUCAAGCUACCUGAAGAUUUGUUUCAACUCUGGAAUGAGAGCCCAUUGGAACAAGAGAGAGAAACAUCAGGUUUAAAAUCGUACCAAGAAGUGCUUCAGAAGAUGUCUUUAGACGACAGUUGUGUGGCAAAAGUUGUGAAAGGGCGUAUCUUUUCAGCAGUUUUUCACCCCUCCUCUUCCAAUUUGUUCAUGGCAGCAGGAGACAAGUUUGGCCACCUGGGAUUAUGGAACAUGGUAACAGUGAACUGGGGGGAAGGUGGUAUAUUUGAGGGAGACCACAGCAAGUGUUAUUUUUGCAUUCCCAUUUGUUCCAACAGUAAAAUAAAACAUUCACUAUGUUUCCACAACUUUCCAAAAAAGGGUGCUACAUGGGGUGAUGAUGGUGUCCUCCUCUUUGAACCCCACUCUAGACCAAUUACCUGCAUGGCAUUCUCAUCUCACUCUUCUAACCUCAUCACAGUCAGCUAUGACGGCUCUGCACGCUGCAUGGACUUGGAGAAGGCUGUGUUUGAUGAGGUGUAUCGCUCAACCUCUGCCCUGAAAAGUUUUGACUUUUUGUCAAGUGACUGCUCCACUUUACUACUCAGUAACUGGGAUGGAGAUGUUGCUAUUGUUGACCGUAGAACUCCAGGGACCUCAUAUGAGUCACUGUACACCAUAGAUCCAAAGGCCCUGCGCUGUGUUCAUGUCCAUCCUGUGAAACAGCAAUACUUUGUAGUUGCGGAAAGCAGUUCAGUGAACAUAUAUGACUUGCGCAGUCUGAAAAGAAGGAACAACCAGGCAGUCUCUCAACUCAACGGUCACUUCCGCAGUAUCUCCAGUGCUUUUUUCUCCCCAUUCACAGGCAACAGAGUUCUUACCACCUGCAUGGACAACAAAAUCAGGGUAUUCAACACUUCCCAGAUGGUUGACCGUGCUCCUCUGCUACACUCUGUUAGUCACGAUAUGAGGACAGGUCGGUGGUUGUCCAAGCUUAGUGCAGUGUGGGACCCCAAGCAGGAAGACUAUUUUGUGAUUGGCAGCAUGGCCAGGCCUCGCCAAAUUCAGGUGUAUCAUGAGAGUUGUCGUCUCCUUCACUCUUUUAAAAAUGAGGAGCACCUGACCACCGUGUGCUCCAUCACAGCGUUCCACCCAAGCAGAAAUGCUUUGCUUGGAGGCAAUUCAACUGGGAGGCUGCAUGUUUUUUCUGACCAACAUUAAGACCAUCAAGAUCAAUUUGUUGAUUAAUUAAGUGCUCUGUUAAUGUUCUGUCACCCCUUUUAACAAAUUAAAAUGUGUUUGUACUGUUUUAUCUGAAAUAUACUAUACUUUUUGUUCAUUUUGUACUAUCUGGUAACAUUAAACAUGUAAUAAUAUUAAAGGAGAGGAUAUAAAUACCACAACUGUCAUAUCGUAAUCGUACUCUAGCAGUUAGCCGAACAUGAACUGACAUCACCCAACUUUGCAAAACUUGAUGUAUAACUUUUUCUUGUUUAUGCAUGUCCAGCAGAGUAACUGCUUCAUUUCACAGUGUUCAUCCUUGAUACACAAGCAAACAUAACUUUUAUAGUGCAGUCUAAAAGUCAGUGGAGCACAUUUUGUCCAUCGAAAUGUCUAGUCAAAUACAUUUAAACUUCAAAACCCGAGUUUAUUUAAGAAUCUACAGAGUUGGCAAAGUUGCCUUGAGAAACAGCUUACUAUGUAUGUGACACAGGCUUGUUAUCUCCUUGGAGAUAAAAUUACACCAGAAAUCAAACAGUCAGUGAUGAAAAUGGCUCAUAAGUACUGUAAAUAAUUGACUUUUUCAAAGUGCAAAAUAAAUAGCAAGUCAAUACAAAGGAAAA